AUGGCUGCAGCUCUACACGUGAUUCAGCCUGUGGCGUGUGGAGUUGGAGGAGAUUGCUUCGGUGUUGUGUACGACGCCCGCACCGGUACUGUGCACUGCGUUGAUGGCAGCGGCAGAAGCCCGGAAGCGCUGACGCUGCAACGUUUCCAGUCUGGACAUAGCGGCGACUCAGUGAAGGCCGACUGCAGGGGUGUUCUCGCGACUGUUCCUGGAGUCGUAAAAGCCUGGUUCGAAACGCUCAACUUUUUCGGAAGCGGAAAGUUAACAAUGGCGGAACUGAUGGAACCUGCAAUCCGAUAUGCCGAAGAGGGAUUUCCAGUGGGGUGGUCGAGUGCCGCCUGGUGGGGUGGGGCUAGGCGGAGGCUCGCACAGAUGCACGAAGGAAGCGCGUUCUUAAACGAGGGCGGGAGAACUCCCAAACCAGGAGAUGUCUUCCGCAACGUUCCACUAGCGAGACUACUUAAGAGAGUAGGAAAUGAAGGGCCGGAAGUGUUCUAUUCUGGUGACAUUGCCGAAAGCAUGGUUGAAGCUGUCUCGGCGGCGGGAGGCGUCAUGACCUUGGACGACCUUCAGAUGCAUAUGAACUCCGCUGAGCCAGUUAUUGUGCCAACCAUUUCAACGACGUACCGCGGCAGAACAGUUCACACACCACCCUUACCAAGCCAAGGCGCCAUACUUCUGGAAGGACUUAACAUAAUGGAGGGAUUCGACGUUCAAUCCUUCAAGUCAGAUCCUGGACAGUAUUACCACCUUUUGAUUGAAGCUUUGAGGCUCGCUUUCGUAGAUGGCCUUUCCGUCAUUUCGGACCCCGGUUUUGCCUCUACUGAUAAAAUGAUCAACAAGGAGUAUGGCAGAAAGAAGAGAUGUGCUAUUGACGUGAACAAGGCUAUGGUGUCGUGUGCGCCGGAAGGACUUCCAACUCUCAGGCAGAGAGGCACUGUUACCAUGGCAACAGCCGACGCUCAGGGGAACGCGUGCUGCUUCAUCAGUAGCCUUGGAACCCCUUGCGGUAGCACGAUCGUCAGAAAGCACGGAUUCGCAGUUCAGGCCAGAGCGGAGGGAUUCAACAUGAUUCCAGGCCAUCCAAAUUGUGCAGGGCCAUAUAAAAAACCAUACCACACGUUAAUGCCGGUCAUCAUGACUGACUCAGCAUCCGGAAAACUGUUGGCCGUGAUGGGUUCGCGCGCGGCAGGAGCUCAGGCCCAAACAAUUCUUCAGGUGCUGUUGGCUAUGAUCGAUCUUGGUCUAAAUCCCCAGGAAGCUGUUGACAUGCCACGAAUAAAGAUUGGUGGAACCCGCAGCACACAUCCAGAUGACCCAAUUUUGAUUGAAGAGGAGAUGAGUACAGCAGCGAUCAAGAGUCUGACAGAGAAGGGUCACACCAUCGGAGAAACUCUCAAGCGUCUUGGAAGAUCAAACACGGGCCAAGUGCACGUGAUUGCGAAGGGAAACUGGUGGGAUAUCGGUGCCUCCCAAGGCCGGGUGGACAACUGUGACGUGCUGUGGACUGGAACUGACUACCGGUGCGACGGCAAAGCUAUGACGUACUAG